UUGGCACUCAGCCAUAAAGGUUCAGUAUUGCGGUAAAACGAGAGAAAAUCUUAUCGAUAUAUUCCGUAUCAAUCGAUAAAACACUCAAAACGUUCGUAAAAUGAUACCUAAUAGUUGUGAAGCAAACAUAGAAGGGAUGUGUUGAUUUUGUGCAAUUUUUAAAAUGGAUAAACCGUCAUGGAUAACCCCAUUCAAAAAACAGUGUUUCGUGACGGUGGGGGUGUCUUUAAACAUGGCGACGCAUGGGCUGGUGAUGGGAUUUGCGGCCAUAUUGCUACCGCAGCUGCGACUUCCCGGGUCUUUGAUACCGAUUGACGAUAUUUCUGGAUCAUGGAUAGCUUCAAUCCUGGGUUUUGCUUUAGUGGCUGGUAACUUCAUAGUGCCCACAAUUAUGGCUAAAUACGGAAGAAGAACUGCUAACUUGGCCAGCAUAGCACCCAUGAUUAUCGGCUGGUUCUGUAUCAUAACAGCCAGUAACAUUACUGCUCUUCUAAUAGCAAGAUUUCUUCAAGGCCUCGCAAUGGGUAUGAGCGCAUCCCUUGGGCCUGUUUUAAUCGGAGAGUAUACAAGCCCAAAAAGUAGAGGAGCAUUUUUGACGUUUAUUUCAUUAUCGAUUGCAACGGGAGUUCUUUUUGUCCAUACCCUCGGUUCUUUCUUCUCUUGGCAAGUUACAGCUCUAAUCAUUGCUUUCGUAGUUUUCGGUGAUCUCCUAAUUGUAAUAUAUUCCCCUGAAUCGCCAAGUUGGUUGGCUGAUCAAGGCAGAUAUGACGAAUGCAGAAAAGUAUUCAGAUGGCUCAGAGGAGACAGUGAAGAUGAUGAAUUGGAAAAAAUGAUAGAAGCGAGCAAAGUAAUAAGGGAAGCCAAAGCGGCAACGGAAAUAUCGCAAUCAUUUUCUAAGAAUUUAAAAAGAAACAUAGCCUAUGUUAACAUAACGAUAAGAAAGAAGGAGUUUUACAAGCCGAUCUUUAUAAUGAUCCACAUUUACACGUUGGGCCAAUGGGCUGGAGCCAACAUUUUAGCUGCAUACACAAUAGAUAUCUUCAACCACGUAAUUGGAACUGAAGCCAAUAUUUCCCUAAUGGUAAUUACGUUGGAUAUCCAGAGAAUCAUCUCGAAUACGUUUGCCGUUUAUGUUAUUAAGAAAGUUAAGCGGCGAACGAUGCUUUUUGCAACGGUAGGAAUUAAUAUAUUUGCCUUCCUUGCUACGGCUGCCUAUACUUAUUUUAAAGGUCACGAUAUGCUACCAUUCGACCAUCCCGCCAUUGGGAUAGCAUUAAUUCACAUCCACAUGUUUUCGAUAGCAACUGGUACGGUACCGCUCCCAUUUAUAAUUGCUGGGGAAGUUUUUCCAUUAGAGUAUAGAAGUUUGGCUGGCGGUUUAAGUGUCCUUUUCCUGUCAACAAAUCUUUUCAUAACUGUUAAAACGGUGCCAUAUUUGUUCAAAAACGCCGGAAUUCACGGCGCUUAUGUCUUAUACGCAGUAGUCGUGGGAUACUGUACGGUGAUAGCGUGGUGGUUUCUACCAGAAACUAAGGAUAGAACUUUGCAAGAGAUCGAAGACGAAUUCAGGGGGAAACCGCUAUCUCCUGAGGAACUUAAAUCGACUCAAUCUUUGACAUCGUUUAAGCAUUUCAAUACGGACCGACGGUGUAGUAGUCCUGUUAUAUAAUAUUUCCAGACAAUUAGUCAUACUUUUCGGACCGAUGACGACAAAAUUUUAAUACGAACUGCAUAUGGCUGGUCGCAAUGUGAAUUCGUCUGCAUAGAUAUAAGUAACGAUAAGCAACAUAUUAAGACUGUAAAUAAAUAUUGAUAAGUUAUCUGU